AUGCUUCUCCCAAAAGGCGGCAUGACUUGGAAGUCUGCCAAAGCCAGGCUACCUCCUUGGAAAGCCAUAAUAAUGUUCUUGACCCGGACCCGAUUUCUGGUCGCAGUCGCCCUCACGGGUCUGAUUGUCUUAUUAUGGAGGGGGAUAAGCGUGUCCACACAACAGAUGUCAAAUUUCUAUUGCUUCGGCCCCUCAAAGCCUCCCACACAAAUGUCAAAUAAUGAAAUGGUCGCCUGGAACCAACACCUUCAGACGCCUGUCCUCUUUAACCACCAUGAACCUUACGAAGUCAAUGCCAGCACCAUCAAUCGCAUCGAUUUGAAUCCCAUCGUCUCCACGCCCCGAGCCCUCAGCAACCGUGAACGGAUCCUUAUCCUCACGCCACUCCGCGACGCCUCGCCCUACCUCAUCAAGUACUUCGACUUGCUCUCCGAACUCACGUAUCCGCACGACUUGAUCGAUCUGGCUUUCCUUGUGGGUGAUUCUGUCGAUGACACCCUUGCAGUGCUUUCCUCGGAGCUGAACCGCAUCCAACAAAGGACCGACAAAAUCCCCUUCCACAGCGUCCUCAUCGUCGAAAAGAAUUUCGGCUCGAACCUCGACAUGAGCGUGGAAUCGAGACAUGGAUUCGCCGCCCAAGGCCCAAGGAGAAAGGCAAUGGGAAGAGCAAGGAAUUAUUUGUUGUCCGCGGCAUUGAAGCCCGAACAUAGCUGGGUCUACUGGCGCGAUGUUGACAUCGUAGAUUCACCCAAAAAGAUCAUUGAGGACUUUGUCGCCCAUGAUCGAGAUAUUUUGGUCCCAAAUAUAUGGUUCCACCGAUACGAAAACGGGCGAGACAUCGAAGGACGGUUCGACUAUAACAGCUGGAUUGAAUCCGACAAAGGCCGUCGACUUGUAGCCUCACUGGAUAAAGAUGUUGUGCUUGCAGAAGGGUACAAGGAAUACGAUACGGGAAGAACAUACAUGGCGAGGAUGGGUGAUUGGCGGAAUAAUAAGGACGAAGAAAUUGAGUUGGAUGGUAUUGGUGGAGUUAAUAUUUUGGUCAAGGCGGAUGUCCAUCGAUCUGGGAUCAACUUUCCCUGCUAUGCUUUUGAAAACCAAGCCGAAACUGAGGGUUUCGCAAAGAUGGCCAAACGGGCAGGAUAUCAAGUGGUAGGAUUACCGAACUACGUCGUUUGGGACGAAGCCUCUCCAUUGCAGACCUCUGAUCUGGUUUGA